AUGGCGGGCGAGUCAGACGGUGAUUCUGAAACGAGCGUAAAAGAUGCAAAUUUGGGUGGUUUUAAGUGCUGCUCGAAGAAAAGUUGUAGUGUAUGCGUAUGCAUAAAUUGUUUUUCCAUCUACCAUAAUAGUUGUGUGAAGAGACUGGGUAAAAUUAAGACCAAAAUUGAUGAUACAAAAAUCGAGUGUUGCCAACGUCAAGAUUCUAACCUCAAAAAACAUGAUGAAUUGCAUAAAAUGGAAGUUUCCAAAAUGACUAUGGAAAUUCAGUACCUGAAGAGGAUGCUGGAUGAAUUAGCGGAUAAAAGUAAUGUGCUUAAACAAAACAAUGCGCUGCUAUUGGAGAAAAUUGAUAACCUCAAAGUAAACCCACAAGUAAACAAACCAUCUUAUUCCAGCAUUCUCGAGCCCAAAUCUCAGUCUGCUGCAAAUUCUAAACCCCAAACUACAAAGGGACAGCUUCCAAAUCACGAAAAAUCCAAUAAAAUUGAUUUUCCCAAAGGUACAAAUCAAAACUAUCAAACAAUGGUUAAAGGUCACAAAAAUAAAUUACAACAAAUCAUAAAUCUGGAAAGUGAUAUGAACACCACUGCAAAUGCUCUAAAUAACUUACGUAGGGAAACCCAAUUUUCGUUGGAUGAAGAAAAAAGUGAUGACGGUUUCAAAGUUGUUCAGCGGAGACCACAGAAAAAGAGGUUAGGCACAAGAAAUGUGGGUACUGGACAGGAAGCAGAUAGUUUCAUGGGUGGUGACAGGAGAGCCUGGAUUUAUCUGUAUAGAAUAAAACGCCAUGUUACAUCACAACAAAUUGAAGACUAUGUUACAAAGCAGCCGGGUUUUGAAAACUUGAAAAUUUCAGUGAAAGAGUUACCAAGUGAUCCUACAAGAUUGAAAUCCUUUGUAUUGACAGCACCGUUAAACCACAAAGAUAAACUUUAUGAACCAGAUUUCUGGCCACAAAAUGUUGGAAUCAGGCGCUUCAACCACAGCCUGUUUUUGAAGUACAAACCAGGAGGAGAUUUUUUAGCUUGAAUCAUUCAGAAAGUUCAGGAAAUAUUGUGUUACGUCUAGCACACCAGAAUAUACAAUGUCUCAGAAACAAGGUGGAUGAAGUGGAGGUGUUUUUGAUGGAGGAAGAAAUAGACAUUAUGUGCAUGUCAGAAAGUUGGAGUGUUG